AUGAACAAUGCCUCCAUUUCAUGGUCCGAAUUCAAGGAGCUGCGGUCACCCAUACACUCGGCACUCGAAGAGUCCUUCAACUUGCCCUGCCUAGAGCAACAGGGCCCGCCCUUUACCCGGCCAUUUCUUUAUUUAGCAGCGGCUUUGGUACAAGCUAACAAGCCCAAGGAUGAGAAUACUGCCAUCAUCAAUGCUAUCGGAGAGCUCCUGAAAGACGCCCGGGCUUUCCAGAAUAAGUGCGUUUAUGAAGACCCAGAGGUCCAGCACACAGGACACGAAUGGCUGAGGUCUAUUGGUCGAUGA